ACUCUGCAAAUCAGGCUGCGAACCUGGAGAAAGUUAACCUUGUUUCGAAGGAGGGAAUGCUGACGGGAGUGGAGGUAGCGUUACCCACGUCUACGCAGUGAGGGACUGUUGAAGGUAGGCUACGCCGGGAGGACGGGCGGUGCAGCUCCUCCUCCGUCCGAGAGGCACCGCGGCUGGAUCGCUCCAGAGUCUGUGAUUCCUGGCAUGGCGUUUCGGGAGCGCGGCCCGGAGUCCAUCACCACAGCUCUCGAAGCAGCGGCCGCAGCUAAGCCAGACGCCCGCCCUGAGGAGGCCUUACGGCCGGAUGGAAACCUGCGGCUAAACGCUUCCCGCCUCUGUUUGGUUACCGGGCGGCAUGGAGGCAUUAAGCGGCACGAAGGAGAUGAGGUGGAGCAGCGAGGCGCGACCCCUUGACCUGUUGGUCAGCUCGUACCGUUUACCACAGCUGGUCAAGCUGGAGGACGGGGAAACAGUGGAAGGGAUUCGUGAAAAUGAUUUAGUUUUGCUUCACUCCUGUCGACAAUGGACUACAAUUACUGCCCAUAGCUUGGAAGAAGGUCAUUAUGUGAUUGGGCCAAAAAUAGAGAUUCCUGUUCACUAUGGAGGACAAUUUAAGUUACUGGAACAGGACAGAGAUAUCAAGGAACCCGUGCAAUACUUCAACAGUGUGGAGGAGGUGGCAAAAGCCUUCCCAGAACGAGUGUAUGUCAUGGAGGAAAUAACGUUUAAUGUUAAGGUAGCUUCAGGGGAGUGCAAUGAAGAUACAGAAGUAUAUAAUAUCACUCUAAGCACUGGGGAUGAACUUACUCUAAUGGGACAGGCAGAAAUCCUUUAUGCCAAGACAUCAAAAGAGAAGUCACGGCUUAACACAAUUUUUAAAAAAAUUGGAAAACUAAACUCAAUCAGCAAGUUUGGACGUGGAAAGAUGCCUUGCCUUAUUUGUAUGAAUCACCGAACCAAUGAAAGCAUUAGCCUUCCUUUCCAGUGUAAAGGUAAAUUCAGUACCCGUAGUCCCUUAGAGAUACAGAUGCAGGAGGGUGAGCACACUAUUCGCAAUAUUGUUGAAAAGACUAGGCUGCCAGUAAAUGUUACAGUUCCAUCUGCUCCACCACGAAACCCCUAUGAUCUGCACCUCAUUCGAGAAGGCCAUCGCUAUAAAUUUGUUAAUAUCCAAACUAAGACUGUGGUAGUGUGCUGUGUACUUCGGAACAACAAAAUGAUUCCUGUGCACUUCCCACUUCAUUUAGAUGUGCCAAAGUUUACCUUGGCUGAAGGUCUUCUUAAGGGAGAGACAUGGUACGAGAAUAUAGUUCAGCACUCAUUCAGCAUUUGUCAGGAGCAGUUUGACAUCGAAGAAUAUUCACGAGCAGUUCGGGAUGUGAAGACUGACUGGAACGGAGAUUGUAAAAGCCCAAAGAAGACAAGAUGUACUGGCCAUAGUCACAUGCCUAAUUCCCUUAGUUAUGCUCGUGAAGAACUGACUCAGUCGUUCCAUCGACUUUCAGUGUGUGUUUAUGGAAACAAUUUGCAUGGAAAUAGUGAAGUUAAUUUGCAUGGUUGCAGAGAUCCUAGCAAUGAGUGGACUCUGUUUUCUCACGAAACCCUACUAUCUCAAGAUUCUGGAGAUAGUGGGAGUGACUAUCUGCUGCCUGAAGUGACUGAAGAAUCUGGAAUCCAGUCACAAUCAGAACUUCCCUAUGAAGAGCUCUGGUUAGAUCAAGGAUCAGGGAAACAGUGUGGGCAAGAUCCUUCCUCUUUGGGUGAAGGACUGAAAUCCAGUAGUCAGAGACAUUCCAUCCGCUCCAACUGUUCAAUUUCUUCAGGCCCUCCUCCACGUCCUUUGUCUACACCUGAUAUUUCUCUACUUCCACCUCCAGUGCCUCCAAAGUCUGAAGCUGUAAAAGAAGAGUGCAGACUUUUAAAUGCCCCACCUAUCCCUCCACGGAACAUCAAGCCAUCAACAUGUAGUCCCUCUAUUCCUCCUCGACAAAUCCGCCAACAGACGCGCUCUCCUAGCCCUACGUUAUCUUAUUAUUCUUCUGGAUUGCAUAACAUUGGUGCCAUGGAGAAAGAUGCAUCUCCAUCCAAUGAGAAGCAUUCCUCAGCUUCCUGUUACCCUUGCAACUGGAUCAACUCUAAUUCUGUACACAGUGGAACUAAAUCCCCGCUUAGAAGUCCUGUAUUGGAUUCGCGUUCAAAUCGUUCAUCAUGGCCAAACCAAUAUUAUGGAGAUAUUGAUGACCAAGAUACUGGUAAUUUUGGAUGUCAACACAGAAGUUAUUACAGCUAUCCUCGUCACAAAAUGUCAAGUACUCCCAAGAGUACAGAACCCAUACAGUUUCAGGAUGGCAGUAUUGACUGUGCCGGGAGAGGUGAAGGGUUUUCACUAAAUGCCUUCUCUGAGCAGCAACAAUUGAAGGAUGAUGGACUCCACAUUAUUCCUACUGAAUGUCCAAGCUCCAAUAUUUAUUUCUCAGAUGACAAUGGAGAAAAUUCUUCAGCAGAUUACAAAGAGCAAAAGCAACCAUGCAUCUCUUCAUCACCUUGUGCACUAAAAUUUAGUGAUGAGGAAUUUGUUGAUCUGGAAGCUUUGUUUCUGCCGUCACCUAUAGAUGGGGCUGAGGAUGAACCUCGGGUUUGUUCAACAGAUCUACCUGAUAAUUUUUCUAACAAAAAUACCCAGGACAUAUUUUCUACUCCUCCUUUAUUUUCUUCUCCACCACAUUUGCAAUUAGUAACACGGUCAUGUGGUGAUGGGUCACCUUGGCAGCCACCAACUGAUCUUUAUGGACUUUCUAUAGAAGAGGUGUCAAAGUGUCUCCAGUUCAUCGGUCUACCUGAGGAGAUUGUGUCACUAUUUAUGGUGGAAAAAAUAGAUGGAAAUUUACUUGUACAGCUUACUGAAGAGAUCCUAUCUGAAGAUUUUAAGUUAAGCAAACUUCAAAUUAAGAAACUCUUGCAGUUCAUCAGUGGUUGGAGACCGAAGAUAUAGUGCAAUGACUCAAAUAAUAUGGGUUCAAAGUAUCUGACCUCAGCAACUAUUAUUUUGCACUAAAUAACCACGAUUAUGUACUGUGUGAAAUCAGAGUGAAUGGUAUGCUUAUUAACAUUUGUAACCUGAUAGAAAUGGCACCCUACAAAGAUUAUCUUGAUGAACAUAUUAUUUGUACGAUACAUAGCUAUACAAACUGCUUGUUUUUUUAGAACAAAAAUGGGUUGUUCUUCAUAAUGCUGUAAUUGUAGCAAAGAUGCAAUGAUUUGCAGAACAAAACAAUUCUGUGCAUUAUUGAUCAAAAGGUCCACCCAGUUUGUCUCAGACUGUUGCCAUACAGAUUUGUAGUUUAACUCUGCUGUUGUGGGCCAGUGCUGCUGCUUAUCCACUCUGUUCACAUUAUAUUCUCUUGGUGAUUAAUAUAUAAAAUGAUGGUGACACUAGUUUUUACUACUGCACAGAGGUUUCUUUGGGAGAUGUACACAUUCAGAUUAAUUGAAAUAUCUCAGUUUUUGUGUGUUGAUGAUUGAAUGAGUAAACUGAACAAAUUGACAUUACAUUAGAUAGAACCAGUUAAUAUGUUAAACCCAUUUUGAUCAUCAUUAAAGUUAUGAGGUUUGUUGCUUCCAUUCAAAUUUCUCCAUUCUCUGCUCCAGCUUUUUCCUGUUUUAUAUCUAGUUUGUAUAGAUGAACAGACUUAAAAAAAAACUUGGACAAAAGGUUCGUUUUGACCAAUUGCCUACCUUGAAGUGUAUCUUGAAUAUUAACUUAUUUUUUAUCCAAUUUUAUUAUUUCCUGAUUAGAUUUGCAGUUUUAAACUGUAUCAUUGAAGUGGGUUGUGGAGUGCACAAAACUGAUGGAUUUUUGCUUUACAAAGUGUAGGUAGUCAUGCUAAUUUUAAUGAAGAAAUUCCGACUGCUGCUUUCCCCAGUAUCCUACUUGAUUGCUCUUCUAGGCUAUUUUUAAAAUAACACAAUAUAAUAAUAACUGACUUAGAAAAGUGCCUUUCAAUACCUCAGGGCAUAGCAGAACACUUUAGUCAGUUAACCAGUAUUGAAAUACAUUGUAAUGGAGGAAAUGUAACAAUUAUUUAUACAAGCAGGAUUCUAGAAACUGGAGUGAAAUGUCUUUAUGAUGUUGGUUGAUGGGUAGCUGUUGUUAGUGGUUAUAACUGAGUGAAAGGUUUUGAGAGAUAUAUCUAAUAGUAAAUCUCUCAUCUGUCACUCAUUUUCUGUCAGUUGCUUCAGUUUGUAUAUAAUGACACUGGGUUUAGGUAUUCUGAUAAAAUACAUUUUAAAAAAAAUCUGGCUAAGGUUUAUAACUUUGCAAAACAUUUAACCCGGAAUGGAUUGAAUUUGAAUUUUCACUUAUAAAUCUCAACUGGAAUAGAUGGUCACUGAACAGCACUAUAUGGGGUGGGACAGACAAACACCACCAUCUUUUGAAAGACAUUGAGGUCAGUAAAUAUACUUGAUCAGUGAUGCAAUUGUCCCUCCGGCAAGAAAAAAAUACUGAGCAAAAUCAAUAAAUCUUUGAAAAUUAAUCAAUGACGUGAGUUCGCCAACCACAUACCAAUAAUUAGCUUAAAUCCUAGCAAUAUUGAUGAAAAUAUUGAUUCUAGAAGUAAUUAAAAAUGUAAAUGGUUGUUAACACUUCAUUAUAAAUUAUAAGCAGAUUAACUUAAUAAAUAGCAAGUUCCAAGAGGAUGGCAUGUGAUUUUCCUUUAUUUUGGGAAUUGCCAUUUUAUCACUGACAAUUUUAAUGUUACUUGAUCCUAUCGAUAAACAAACUUCAUAUCUCAAAUAAUUGCAAUUAAUGUAUGUUAAUAAUGUGUUAGGAAGUUUACAUUAGGAACAUAAUUUGUAUCAGCAAUAUGCCAAAAUGAACUUGUAGCUGGAUUGUAGAUGAUUUUUUUAUUUACUUUUUUCUUUACCACUUGCUUAAGAUGUGGGAGGAAAUCCAUGUAGUCACAGGGCAAAUGUGCAAACUUGACACGGACAAGAUGAAACCUGAUCUCUGGCACUGUGAGUCAGCAGCUCUGUUAGCUGCACCUCUGUGCUGAAUUGUUUGCUUAUAUGUAUUAAAAUCAAUAAAUUCUAUUUGACUUUGUCAACAGCUAUUUUUUUCCCAUUGAUUUUAAUGGGGUGCUUGUACAUACACCAUUUAAUCUAAAGGACAAGUAUCCCAAAAUGUACAUACCCAAUUCCAUGAGG